CAAGUGCAUUCUUAUCCUUAUCCUUAAAUUUAACUUCAAUUUAUUUUUAAUUUUUUUUUUAAAUUUAAAAAUUAUUUAUUUUUUUCCUUCUGUCGGCUACUUUCUCAAUAAAUAUAAAGAACCAAACAUGGUAGGAAAAGUCCAGGUCAUUGCCCCCACCAAACCCCCAACACUUCACUUCUAUUUUGUCCUUUUACUUCCCAAGGUAACCCUUUAAAUCCCCAAAAACUCAAACUUCUAACCCUGCAAACCUCAAAACAGUCCAAAAACAAAAAAAAAAACAAUCCCAAAAUGAAGAAUCAAAAGCAGAAAAAACAGAAACAGAAACAGAACCAGAACCAGAACCCAUCAUGGCAAGACCUCAACCCCUUCAUACUAUCAAAAAUAUUUUCUUUUCUAAGCCCCCAUGACCAGUUAUUUGGUCCACCUUAUGUCUGUCACUCAUGGCUCUCAUCAACCUUACACACCAUCUUCAAAAACUCCAUCCUCGAUCUCCGGUUAAUCGACACCCUUGAUCAAGAAAACCAAAGGCUGAGAUUCACCCACCUCCUCAAACUAGCCUUAAACCACUACCAUGGUUGGGUUUCAAUCCAAUUCCCUUCUAAACACAAGUUUGGAUACUUUGGCACUGUCUACAUAGCAGAGAACACUCCCAACAUCACAAGUGUUGCUCUCUCCUCUGAAGCCUCAGUGAAUAUGGCUCCAAUCUUUAUCUCUCUCCUUUACUGGCAAAAACUGAAAAUAUUUGAGGCAAGGAUGAGCCCUGAUGUGGGUUAUUUGGUAAUUUCACAGUUGGUUGAUUGGUGCAAGAACAUGACAGAGAUUAGGCUUCAUGGAAGUGUGUUGAUGGAGAGAGAAGUGACUUGUUUGGUUGAUGGGCUUUCCGGGUUGAAGAUUUUGGAUCUGUGUGAAUCUACAUUGUCUUGUUCUGCCAUUGGGAUUGUGUUAGAUGGGAGAUUGAAGUGUGUGAAGGAGAUAAAUUUAUUGCAUUGUAAAUUUGUGGAUGACAAAGGUGAGGAUGCUCGAGCGGACUAUUUGGUAUUCAAGGCAUUUAGGGAUGAGGUGGUUGAGAAAGCUAGUGGGAUCAAGAGUUUGAAGAAGUUUGUCCAUUGUCUAAAGGGAACUUGUUUGCAUUGCAAGGAUAAGGCUUCGGGGAAUAAAUGAGUUAUCGGAGUAAAUUAUUAUUCUGUAGUAGUGCCGAAAAAGCGGGUGGAUAAGCCAGCCGACUUUUUUGUCUGUUCUACUUUUGUUAUGAUUAGUGUUUUUAUUGAUAUGGAAAUAUUGUGUCACCGUGUUAAGUUAGGACUCCAAAAUUAUCAUCUUCAUUCUUGAUUUAGAAUUGUAAUUUUCCAUGUCCCCUUGUGUGGACAGGGGUCGCUGCUGUGAGCCCCUCGCUGCUGUCCUGCAGUGGCGGAUGAAACGCAACGUUUUAGUUUUGUUAUGCUUUUUAUUU